GAUCACAUGAAUGUGUGCCCCAAAGCCCGCGUGCUGUGCGAGUACUGUCGGAGAGAAAUGGCCAGAGACGAGGCUCUGCUGCACAUGGAGACAGAGUGUGAGCGAGUCCUGGUCCACUGCCCGUUCUUUGUCCUGGGAUGUGAGCACUCGAUGUUGAGAAGCGAGGAGGAGGAACAUCUCCGCGCGGCCGUGCCCUCUCACAUGAAGCAGCUGUGUCACUGCGUGUCCGCUCUCAUGUACCAGAUGAAAGGGCGGCCGGCGGAUGUUUCUUCCCUGGUCUCCUCGGCCCACCUACAGCUGGACGUACCAGACACGCAGCAGGCUGACCCGUCUCGAAAGCUGGCCAGUUUGCUCGAGUACUUACAGGUCUCGCGGGCUGUCGGUACUGGGUCGGUCACUGUCGGUGCCGGGUCGGUGCCAGUCGUCGGAAUGACACCGCUCGCACCUCCAGUGGUGUCGGGCUCCCCUCAAGCGUCUGUCUCGCCCGUCAGCGAUGUGGGGAGACAUCAGAAUGGGGGCGGUACGUCGUCGUUAGUUCCGCUCAGUGGGCCCAGUGUAGCGUCGUCUGGCGCCGGGAUCCCGAGAAGACACGAGGAGAACGGCGAGUCGAGCAGGGGUCAAGGUCAAGAGGCAGGCCCGUUUAACCAGGAAUAUUUCGACGGAGAGCACCGCAUCUGGAGCACCGUCUACCACUCGGGGAAUUCUGUGUCCAGCUUCACGCAGCCUCCCUCCACCUCCACCUCCCCCUCCCCCCUCCCCCCUCGCAGCGUUUCCCCUGUCACGGGCCCCAGCAGCACCUUCGACGACAUGCAGAACCCGACCUCUAGGCUCACCUCGGGCGGCCUCGUAGAGAGCAGCCGCCUUCCCACUUUCUCGUCGCAGCCGCCCCUGGUGCCGGUGGGUCACAUGACCAGCACGCUGCCCAGGUUCUCGUCUCUCUUCCACAGCCGCGAGGGUUCGUCAUCCAGUCAGUCGGGGCCUUCAGGGGCCAACCUGAGCCUUGUCGAAGUCCUACAAGACGUGAACUCAAAACUGACCCAGCAGCAGCAGAAGUUAGACGAGGUUAACUCCAAACUGGCGCAGUCAGAGACGGCCAAUCUCGACCUGCAGGAGCGGGUGCGGGAGCUGGAGCAGCAGCUCGCUGAUAAAGACGCCAGGUUUUUCAACGGGGACUUCUACUGGCGCAUCAAAGACUUCAGCCGGCUGCGGCAGAGAGCCGCGCUGGGCGAGCAGACAAUGCUUCACAGCCCGCCAUUCUACACGUGCACGUGGGGCUACCGCAUGUGUCUGCGCGCCAGCAUCAACAUGGCUACUCAGGCCAUCGGCGGGCCGCACCUCUCGCUGUUCAUCCACGUGAUGCGGGGCGAGUUCGACGACUUCCUGCCUUGGCCGUUCUCGGGGCGGAUCAACCUCACGGUGGUGGAUCAGAGCCCCAACCAGGGCACACGCUUCCCCGUCAAUGAGAUCCUGGAGUCCAGGCCUCAGAUGGCGGCCUUCCAGAAGCCGACAACCCCUCGCAACCACAAGGGCUACGGGUACACAGACUUUGUGGCACUGCCGCACCUUGACAAGGGCACGUUCCUGCUCAAUGAUACGUUGGUCAUACGAGCACAGGUCACCUCCGACCAUCAGUGACCCAAGGUCACCUCCAACCAUCAGUGACCUAAGGUCACGUCCGACCAUCAGGGACCCAGGGUCAAGGGAAUGUUCUAACGUUCUUGCUGAACGAUACGUUGGUCAUAUGAGCGCAGGUGACCUCCGAUCAUAAUUGACCCAUGGUCACCUCCGACCAUCAGUGACCCAAGGUCAAGGGAACGUUCUAACAUUCUUGCUGAACGUUGGUCAUACGAGCGCCGGUCACCUCCGACCAUCAUUGACCCGCGGUCACUCUCCCGGACACUCUUGAAGACCUUGUGUUUGAGAAUUCAGGUGCGCUCAUUUGUCCUCAUGCAGGUGCGAGCGCCGUAAAACACUUACCAAAGACGUAAAGUGGAAACAAUCUUUGAAUUUGGAUGAAAAAUCCGAUGUCGUAUUCGUAAUCAGUGCCUCAAAAUCAGCAAAGUCUGCGGACAAACUAACCACCAGGUUUAAAUGUAUGUUAAUAAUGUUACUAAAUCCCUCCACACCCCCCCCCCCAUCCCCCUAAAAAAAUCCUUCAUUUCUUAUUCCUGCCUUGCAUUUGUUGACCUCUUGACCAUUCCUAGCCCGGUAGCUGCCAAGAAAUUACUCAGUGUUGUGAGAGCUACUCACACGCUGGUCGACACGUACACCAGAAAUGAACGGUCCGAAUAACACGAGUUAUUUUUGCUUUGGGGGGCACACAUGCGCCAGAAAUGAACUCUCUGAAUUGCCUCCUCCUGACAACCCCUCCCCCCCCAAAAAAAAAAUAAAAAUUGGAUCGUGUCUGCUAUGGUGUAUCAAAGAAGAAAAGAGAAAAAAAUACAACACAACUUACUUUCACUUUACAAAUUCCUUUCCAAACAUCAUAUUCAUAAGUAAGGAGAGAAACCAAAAUGCAAACUUACAUUCGUUUUACAAAUGCCCUUCAAAACAUUCUGUCAAAGAAGAAAAGAGAAAAAAACCCCAACCCAACUUACAUUCACUUUACAAAUAUGCCCUUCAAAACAUUAUAUUAAUUUAAAAA